CCCCCUCUCUCUCCCCCUCUACAGGCUCUGAACCUGGCGUACAGCAGUAUCUUUGGUUUCUACAGGCACUUUGUUGGUCCUCCUCACAUCAAGGCCAUGUGUCGCCUGCUGGGGUACCAGGGCAUCGCUGUGGUCAUAGAGGAGCUGCUCAAAGUGGUCAAGAGCCUGGUGAGAAAGGAGAGGGGGGUGGAGGGGGGGGGGGCAUGAUGUCACAGUGGAGUAGGGGGGUGGGAGUGGGAGGGGAGGGAGGGAGGAGGGAAAUGGCGGGUGAGGGUGGAGGAAGGAGGGUGAGGGUGGAGAGAAUGGAGGGUGAGGUGUAGGGAGGAAUGGAGGGUGAGGGUGGAGGGAGGAAUGGAGGGUGAGGGUGGAGGAGGAAUGGAGGGAUGAGGGUGGAGAAGGAAUGGAGGGGGUGAGGGUGGAGGGGGGAGGGAGGGGGGAUGGAGGGUGCUUCAGGAUGUAGGAGAAUGGGCAUUUCCUAUUACCAUGGUGUUAGAAAAUGGUCUACUUCUUGUAACUGAUGACAGAGACGGAUGUUGUCCUUGGCCUUUAGUCAGUUAGAUUUGCUCACCUCGUGUCCUCUCUCCUCCAUCCGCUCUCGCCUCCUUUUGAAAAAGGUCAAAGUUAAAGAUGCACUAUGCAGAAAUCGCUCCUCCAUUUCCUGAUUGCAAAAAUUAUAAUAGUUCGCCUAAUUUCAGUUUGUGACAAAACAAGCAAGUAUAGUGUAGAGAAACAUUGUAUCUAAAGCGCUCUGAAAUAUAAUUUUCCAUAAUCAAAAAUAUUGUAUUUUCAGCUGUUUUGAAGCUGGUGUACAAAACCCAAAGUAAAAGACGCAAAAACUAAAAGGGAAGUAUAGAAAUAGUGCAGAUAAAACAGAUCUACUGCUUUUUAGACUUGAUUUCAAUGAGAGUGACAGAUCUAUAACUCACAUUUCUAAACUCAGCAAAAAAGAAACGUCCCUUUUUCAGGACCUUGUCUUUCAAAGAUAAUUCGUAAAAAUCCAAAUAACUUCACAGAUCUUCAUUGUAAAGGGUCCUGAAAAAACACUGACAGCAGGAAUAGCUAUGUAUUCAAAUUAAAUCAAAUUGUAUUGGUCACAUACACAUAUUUAGCAGAUGUUAUUGCGGUUGUAGUGAAAUGCUUGUGUUCCUAGCUCCAACAGUACAGUAAUAUCUAACAACACACAACAAUACACACAGAUCUAAAAGAAUGGAAUUAAGAAAUAUAUCAAUAUUAGGACGAGCAAUGUCAGAGUGGCAUUGACUAAAAUACAGUAGAAUAGAAUACAGUAUAUACAUAUGAGAUGAGUAAAGCAGUAUGUAAACAUUAUUAAAGUGACUAGUGUUCCAUUAUUAAAGUGACCAGUGAUUCCAUGUAAACUCAGCAAAAAAAGAAACAUUCCUUUUUCAGGACCCUGUCUUUCAAAGAUAAUUUGUAAAACUCAAAAUAACUUCACAGAUCUUCAUUGUAAAGGGUUUAAACACUGUUUCCCAUGCUUGUUCAAUGAACCAUAAACAAUUAAUGAACAUGCACCUGUGGAACGGUCGUUAAGACACUAACAGCUUACAGACGGUAGGCAAUUAAGGUCACUGUUAUGAAAACUUAGGACACUAAAGAGGCCUUUCUACUGACUCUGAAAAACACCAAAAGAAAGAUGCCCAGGGUCCCUGCUCAUCUGCGUGAACGUGCCUUAGGCAUGCUGCAAGGAGGCAUGAGGACCUGCAGAUGUGGCCAGGGCAAUAAAUUGCAAUGUCCGUACUGUGAGACGCCUUAGACAGCGCUACAGGGAGACAGGACGGACAGCUGAUCGUCCUCGCAGUGGCAGACCACGUGUAACAACACCUGCACAGGAUCGGUACAUCUGAACAUCACACCUGCGGGACAGGUACAGGAUGGCAACAUUUUAUACUGAUAACAAGUUCAAACAGUUGCCAUUAAUACAGGUAACGAGUGGAGGACAGAGGAGCCUCUUAAAGAAGAAGUUACAAGUCUGUGAGAGCCAGAAAUCUUGCUUGUUUGUAGGUGACCAAAUACUUAUUUUCCACCAUAAUUUGCAAAUAAAUUCAUAAAAAAUCCUACAAUGUGAUUUUCUGGAAAAAAAAUUCUCAAUUUGUCUGUCAUAGUUGACGUGUACCUAUGAUGAAAAUUACAGGCCUCUCUCAUCUUUUUAAGUGGGAGAACUUGCACAAUUGGUGGCUGACUAAAUACUUUUUUUCCCCACUGUAUAGUAGUACCAUUCCUCUAGAUAGUAGUACCAUUCCUCUAGAUAUAGUAGUACCAUUCCUCUAGAUAGUAGUACCAUUCCUCUAGAUAUAGUAGUACCAUUCCUCUAGAUAGUAGUACCAUUCCUCUAGAUAUAGUAGUACCAUUCCUCUAGAUAUAGUAGUACCAUUCCUCUAGAUAGUAGUACCAUUCCUCUAGAUAGUAGUACCAUUCCUCUAGAUAUAGUAGUACCAUUCCUCUAGAUAUAGUAGUACCAUUCCUCUAGAUAGUGGUACCAUUCCUCUAGAUAGUAGUACCAUUCCUCUAGAUAGUAGUACCAUUCCUCUAGAUAAGUAGUACCAUUCCUCUAGAUAGUAGUAGUACCAUUCCUCUAGAUAUAGUAGUACCAUUCCUCUAGAUAUAGUAGUACCAUUCCUCUAGAUAGUAGUACCAUUCCUCUAGAUAGUAGUACCAUUCCUCUAGAUAUAGUAGUACCAUUCCUCUAGAUAGUAGUACCAUUCCUCUAGAUAUAGUAGUACCAUUCCUCUAGAUAUAGUAGUACCAUUCCUCUAGAUAGUAGUACCAUUCCUCUAGAUAGUAGUACCAUUCCUCUAGAUAGUAGUACCAUUCCUCUAGAUAUAGUAGUACCAUUCCUCUAGAUAGUAGUACCAUUCCUCUAGAUAGUAGUACCAUUCCUCUAGAUAGUGGUACCAUUCCUCUAGAUAUAGUAGUACCAUUCCUCUAGAUAUAGUAGUACCAUUCCUCUAGAUAGUAGUACCAUUCCUCUAGAUUAGUAGUACCAUUCCUCUAGAUAUAGUAGUACCAUUCCUCUAGAUAUAGUAGUACCAUUCCUCUAGAUAUAGUAGUACCAUUCCUCUAGAUAUAGUAGUACCAUUCCUCUAGAUAUAGUAGUACCAUUCCUCUAGAUAGUAGUACCAUUCCUCUAGAUAGUAGUACCAUUCCUCUAGAUAGUAGUACCAUUCCUCUAGAUAUAGUAGUACCAUUCCUCUAGAUAUAGUAGUACCAUUCCUCUAGAUAGUAGUAUACCAUUCCUCUAGAUAUAGUAGUACCAUUCCUCUAGAUUAGUAGUACCAUUCCUCUAGAUAGUAGUACCAUUCCUCUAGAUAGUGGUACCAUUCCUCUAGAUAUGUGUACCAUUCCUCUAGAUAUAGUAGUACCAUUCUCUCUAGAUAGUAGUACCAUUCCUCUAGAUAGUAGUACCAUUCCUCUAGAUAUAGUAGUACCAUUCCUCUAGAUAUAGUAGUACCAUUCCUCUAGAUAUAGUAGUACCAUUCCUCUAGAUAGUGGUACCAUUCCUCUAGAUAUAGUAGUACCAUUCCUCUAGAUAUAGUAGUACCAUUCCUCUAGAUAUAGUAGUACCAUUCCUCUAGAUAGUAGGUACCAUUCCUCUAGAUAGUAGUACCAUUCCUCUAGAUAUAGUAGUACCAUUCCUCUAAUAUGUACCAUCCUAGAUAGUAGUACCAUUCCUCUAGAUAGUAGUACCAUUCCUCUAGAUAGUAGUACCAUUCCUCUAGAUAGUAGUACCAUUCCUCUAGAUAGUAGUACCAUUCCUUAGAUAGUAGUACCAUUCCUCUAGAUAGUAGUACCAUUCCUCUAGAUAGUAGUACCAUUCCUCUAGAUAGUAUACAUUCCUCUAGAUAGUAGUACCAUUCCUUAGAUAGUAGUACCAUUCCUCUAGAUAGUAGUACCAUUCCUCUAGAUAGUAGUACCAUUCCUCUAGAUAGUAGUACCAUUCCUCUAGAUAGUAGUACCAUUCCUCUAGAUAGUAGUACCAUUCCUUAGAUAGUAGUACCAUUCCUCUAGAUAGUAGUACCAUGCCUCUAGAUAUAGUAGUACCAUUCCUCUAGAUAUAGUAGUACCAUUCCUCUAGAUAGUGGUACCAUUCCUCUAGAUAGUGGUACCAUUCCUUAGAUAGUAGUACCAUUCCUCUAGAUAGUAGUACCAUGCCUCUAGAUAUAGUAGUACCAUUCCUCUAGAUAUAGUAGUACCAUUCCUCUAGAUAGUAGUACCAUUCCUCUAGAUAGUGGUACCAUUCCUCUAGAUAGUAGUACCAUUCCUUAGAUAGUAGUACCAUUCCUCUAGAUAGUAGUACCAUGCCUCUAGAUAUAGUAGUACCAUUCCUCUAGAUAUAGUAGUACCAUUCCUCUAGAUAGUGGUACCAUUCCUCUAGAUCAGCCCUUAUUAACCCUGUCCAUCCGUCCCCGCUCAGCUCCAGGGCACCAUCAUGCAGUAUGUGAAGACCCUGAUGGAGGUGAUGCCUAAGAUCUGCCGUCUCCCACGCCACGAGUACGGCUCCCCGGGUGAGUCCAGGGAGAGACAGGGAGCUCCCUUCAAUGUCUGACAGAUUUUUAUAUAAUUAAAAGUUUCAGCAAGAUCAAAUUGGCAAUAGUUGCAAGCUAUUAUGAGUGUCCUUAAUCGAUCUCUUGAUUUGAUUAGCAGAUCUGUCUGUCUCUGUUCCCUGCCAGGUAUCCUGGAGUUCUUCCACCACCAGCUGAAGGACAUAGUGGAGUACGCUGAACUGAAGACGGUCUGCUUCCAGAACCUCAGAGAGGUGGGCAAUGCCCUGCUGUUCUGUCUGCUCAGCGAACAGAGCCUGGUAAGAACCUCAAACACAUUUACAUUUACGUUUACGUCAUUAGCAGACGCUCUUAUCCAGAGCGACUUACAGUUAGUGAGUGUUUUAAUUUUUCAUACUGGCCCCCCGUGGGAAUCGAACCCACAACCCUGGCGUUGCAAACGCCAUGCUCUACCAACUGAGCUACAUCCCUGCCGGCCAUUCCCUCCCCUACCCUGGACGACGCUGGGCCAAUUGUGCGCCGCCCCAUGGGUCUCCCGGUCGCGGCCGGCCACGACAGAGCCAGGAUCUCUAGUGGCACAGCUAGCACUGCGAUGCAGUGCCUUAGACCACUGCGCCACUCGGGAGGUCACAUCAUGACCAAACACAUCAUGACCACAAUACAACCUCAACCACAUCAUGACCACAAUACAACCUCAACCACAUCAUGACCACAAUACAACCUCAACCACAUCAUGACCACAAUACAACCUCAACCACAUCAUGACCAAACACAUCAUGACCACAAUACAACCUCAACCACAUCAUGACCACAAUACAACCUCAACCACAUCAUGACCACAAUACAACCUCAACCACAUCAUGACCCACAAUACAAACCUCAACCACAUCAUGACCACAAUACAACACCUCAACCACAUCAUGACCACAAUACAACCUCAAACCACAUCAUGACCACAAUACACCUCAACCACAUCAUGACCACAAUACAACCUCAACCACAUCAUGACCACAAUACAACCUCAACCAACAUCAUGACCACAAUACAACCUCAACCACAUCAUGACCAAACACAUCAUGACCACAAUACAACCUCAACCACAUCAUGACCACAAUACAACCUCAACCACAUCAUGACCAAACACAUCAUGACCACAAUACAACCUCAACCACAUGCAAAUUUAUACCCUGCUGUUCUGUCUGCGCAGCGAACAGAGCCUGAUAAGAACCACGACCCAAACACGUCUACACAACCUCAACACCUGAAUCACCUUUAUUCACCAAUUACAUUUAAACAUAGUCAGAAUGUUACCUGGUCAUAUGGUGAUAGACAACAUUUACAGACAACGAGUUUAAACAGUUUCCAUUCAUUAUAUACAACUAGUUAGUGGUUUCCAUACAUUAUAUACAACUAGGUAGAGGGGUUUCAUUAUAUACAACUAGGUAGAGUGGUUUCAUUAUAUACAACUAGUUAGUGGUUUCAUUAUAUACAACUAGGUAGAGUGGUUUCAUUAUAUACAACUAGGUAGAGUGGUUUCAUUAUAUACAACUAGUUAGUGGUUUCAUUAUAUACAACUAGGUAGAGUGGUUUCAUUAUAUACAACUAGUUAGAGUGGUUUCAUUAUAUACAACUAGGUAGAGUGGUUUCAUUAAUACAACUAGUUAGAGUGUUCAUUAUAUACAACUAGGUAGAGUGGUUUCAUUAUAUACAACUAGUUAGAGUGGUUUCAUUAUAUACAACUAGUUAGAGUGGUUUCAUUAUAUACAACUAGGUAGAGUGGUUUCAUUAUAUACAACUAGGUAGAGUGGUUUCAUUAUAUACAACUAGUUAGAGUGGUUUUCAUUAUAUACAACUGUUAGAGUGGUUUCAUUUAUCAACUAGGUAGAGUGGUUUCAUUAUAUACAACUAGGUAGAGUGGUUUCAUUAUAUACAACUAGUUAGAGUGGUUUCAUUAUAUACAACUAGUUAGAGUGGUUUCAUUAUAUACAACUAGUUAGAGUGGUUUCAUUAUAUACAACUAGUUAGAGUGGUUUCAUUAUAUACAACUAGGUAGAGUGGUUUCAUUAUAUACAACUAGUUAGAGUGGUUUCAUUAUAUACAACUAGAUAGAGUGGUUUCAUUAUUACAACUAGUUAGAGUGGUUUCAUUAUAUACAACUAGUUAGAGUGGUUUUCAUUAUAUACAACUAGUAGAGUGGUUUCAUUAUAUACAACUAGUAGAGUGGUUCAUUAUAUACAACUAGUUAGAGUGGUUUCAUUAUAUACAACUAGUUAGAGUGUUUCACAUUAAUAUACAACUAGGUAGAGUGGUUAUCCUUUUCAUUAUAUCAAACUAGGUAGAGUGGUUUUCAUUAUAUACAACUAGUUAGAGUGGUUUCAUUAUAUACAACUAGUUAGAGUGGUUUCAUUAUAUACAACUAGUUAGAGUGGUUUCAUUAUAUACAACUAGGUAGAGUGGUUUCAUUAUAUACAACUAGGUAGAGUGGUUUCAUUAUAUACAACUAGUUAGAGUGGUUUCAUUAUAUACAACUAGUUAGAGUGGUUUCAUUAUAUACAACUAGUUAGAGUGGUUUCAUUAUAUACAACUAGGUAGAGUGGUUUCAUUAUAUACAACUAGGUAGAGUGGUUUUCAUUAUAUACAACUAGGUAGAGUGGUUUAUUAUAUACAUUUUAUAGGGGUUCAUUAUUACAACUAGGUAGAGUGGUUUCAUUAUAUACAACUAGGUAGAGUGGUUUUCAUUUAUAUACAACUAGGUAGAGUGGUUUCAUUAUAUACAACUAGUUAGAGUGGUUUUCAUUAUAUACAACUAGGUAGAGUGGUUUCAUUAUAUACAACUAGUUAGAGUGGUUUCAUUAUAUACAACUAGGUAGAGUGGUUUCAUUAUAUACAACUAGGUAGAGUGGUUCAUUAUAUACAACUAGGUAGAGUGGUUUCAUUAUAUACAACUAGUUAGAGUGGUUUCAUUAUAUACAACUAGGUAGAGUGGUUUCAUUAUAUACAACUAGUUAGAGUGGUUUCAUUAUAUACAACUAGUUAGAGUGGUUUCAUUAUAUACAACUAGUUAGAGUGGUUUCAUUAUAUACAACUAGGUAGAGUGGUUUCAUUAUAUACAACUAGGUAGAGUGGUUUCAUUAUAUACAACUAGGUAGAGUGGUUUCAUUAUAUACAACUAGGUAGAGUGGUUUCAUUAUAUACAACUAGGUAGAGUGGUUUCAUUAUAUACAACUAGGUAGAGUGGUUUCAUUAUAUACAACUAGUUAGAGUGGUUUCAUUAUAUACAACUAGGUAGAGUGGUUUCAUUAUAUACAACUAGUUAGAGUGGUUUCAUUAUAUACAACUAGUUAGAGUGGUUUCAUUAUAUACAACUAGGUAGAGUGGUUUCAUUAUAUACAACUAGGUAGAGUGGUUUCAUUAUAUACAACUAGGUAGAGUGGUUUCAUUAUAUACAACUAGGUAGAGUGGUUUCAUUAUAUACAACUAGGUAGAGUGGUUUCAUUAUAUACAACUACGUAGAGUGGUUUCAUUAUAUACAACUAGUUAGAGUGAGUUAGAGCGAUAAGAGAAGGAGCAGAUAAAUAUAUAUAUACACUAUACAAAACAUUAUGCCAGACUGACCAGGUGAAUCCAGGUGAACGCUAUGAUCCCUUAUUGAUGUCACUUGUUAAAUCCACUUCAAUCAGUGUAGAUGAAGGGGAGGAGACAGGUUAAAGAAUGAUUUUUAAGCCUUGAGACAACUGAGACAUGGAUUGUGCCAUUCAGAGGGUGAAUGGGCAAGACAAAGAUUUAAAGGUGCACUGUGCAGAAAUCGAUCCGCCAUUUCCUGGUUGCUAAAAUUCUAAUAGUUCGCCUAAUUUCAGUUGAUGUGACAAAACAAGCAAGUACAGUGUAGAGAAUCAUUGUACAAUCUAAACUGCUUUGAAAUAUAUUUUCAGCUGUUUGAAGCUGGUGUACAAAACCGAAAGUAAAAGACGCAAAAACUAAACUUAAGAAUGGGAAGCAUAGAAAUAGCUCACAUAGAACAGAUAUACCGCUUCUUAGACUUGCUUUCAAUGAGAAUGACAGAUCUAUAACACACAUUUCUAUGUGAAUUUGGUCGGGUCGCCCCAAAAAGUUACAUAUUGCAGAUUUAAGUACCUUUGAACAGGGUAUGGUAGUAGGUGCCAGGCGCACCGGUUUGUGUCAAGAACUGCAACGCUGCUGGGUUUUUCACGCUCAACAGUUUCCUGUGUGUAUCAACAAUGGUCCACCACCCAAAGGACAUCCAGCCAACUUGACACAACUGUGGGAAGCAUUGGAGUCAACAUGGGCCAGCAUCCCUGGGGAACGCUUUUGACACCUUGUAGAGUCCAUGCCCCGACGAAUUGAGGCUGUUCUGAGAGCAAAAGGGGGUGCAACUCAAUAUUAGAAAGGUGUUCCUAAUGUUAGGUAUACUCAGUGGUAUACAGUGGAGGUACAAAUUUACAGAAACAGUAUGAAUAUAUAAAUGCAGAGAGAUGACCAGAGUAAUGCAUUAUAGUGCAGUUAUUUAGUGUACAGUUCAGAGAUGGCUUAAUGCAGUAUGCAGCAUAGAGGGCAUAGUCCUUUAGAUGGCCGGUUGGUGAGGGCCACAGCCUGGGGGAACAAACUGUUCAGGUGGUGGAAGGUUCUGGUCAUGAGUGACCUGAACCGCUUGCCAGAGGUGCAUUUUUGGAGGAGGGGGUGACUGGGGUGGGAGGGGUCAGCGAUUAUCUUUACUGCACGCUUCCUUGCCCUGGAGUCUUGCAGGAGCUUGAUGGAGGGCAGGUGGCAGCCGAUGACCCCCUCUGCAGACUGAACAAUGCGUUGCAGUUUCACCUUGCAGCCGGCAGACCCAAACCAGACGGUGAUGGAGGAUGGAUUGACGAUUGAUGCGUAAAACCGGAUUAAGAUGUUAGAACAUCUUAAAAGAACGAUCUGGCCUUAAUGGCCAUGUUCUGUUAUAACCUCCACCCGGCACCCUGGUUCCUCUCUACCCAGUACAGCCAGAAGAGGACUGGCCACCCCUCAGAGCCUGGUUCCUCUGGUCUACCCAGUACAGCCAGUAGAGGACUGGCCACCCCUCAGAGCCUGGUUCCUCUCUAGGUUUCUUCCUAGGUUUCUGCCUUUCUAUGGAGUUUUUCCUAGCCACCGUGCUUCUACAUCUGCAUUGCUUGCUGUUUGGGGUUUUAGGCUGGGUUUCUGUAUAAGCACUGUGACAUCUGCUGAUGCUUUAUGAAUACAUUUUAUUCUAUUUGACUGGGAGAUGUAGAGUUUUUUCAGCUGCCGCAAGUAGUACAUCCGCUGGUGUGCCUUCUUGGUGACCGCUGUGAUGUUGUCCUUCCAGUUGAGGUUGUGGGAGAUGAUGGUCCCCAGGAAUUUGAAUGAUUCAGCCGUGCUAACAGCUGAGCCAUCAAUCUCAAGGGGGAGAGAUGUUGAGGGGCAUUUUUCUGAAGUCAACCACGAUCUCCACGGUUUUGUCUGUGUUGAGUUCCAGGUUAUUGCGACUGCACCAGACCACCAGCCGGUCGACCUCUCAACCGGUACAUGGAGUCAUCGCCGUCGGUGAUGAGACCGACCUGAGUGGUGUCAUCUGCAAACUUGAGUAGUUUGACAGAUGCGUUGUUGGAAGUGCAGUCAUUGAUGUAUUGUGAGUAGAGGUGAGAGCACGCAUCCUUGCGGCGCUCCGGUGCUGAGGGAUUGGUCCUAUGUAGCUCAGCUGGUAGAGCACGGCGCUUGUAACGCCAAGGUAGUGGGUUCGAUCCCCGGGACCACCCAUACACAAAAAUGUACGCACGCAUGACUGUAAGUCGCUUUGGAUAAAAGCGUCUGCUAAAUGGCUUAUUAUUAUUAUUAUUAUAGGUCCGAAAGGUGUUUUCCCAGCUUCACGUGUUGCGUCCUGUUGGUCAGGAAGUCAGUGAUCCACUGACAAAUGGAGCUGGACACGUUCAGCUGGGAGAGUUUGUCUUGUAACAGUUCUGGGAUGAUGUUAUUGAAUGCAGAGCUAAAGUCCACAAACAAUAUCCUUGCAUAUGUCUCUGGGUUAUCCAGGUGUUUGAGGAUGUAGUGUAGGCCCGUGUUGACAGCGUCUUCCACAGACCUGUUAGCUCUGUAGGCAAACUGCAGAGGGUUGAGGGAGGCAUCAGUCAUGAUUUUGAGAUGGGACAGUGCCUGGCGCUCAAAGGUAAGGAGGUAGAGGGGGGUCUUUUCCUGGUGAUUGAGGGGGCCUUUUGAGUCAAAUCUGCAGUAAAACUGGUUUAGUUUAUUCAGCAGUGAGGGGUCAUCUGCUGUCGGGGGUGCUUUUGGUUUGUAGUUGGUAGUUUGUUUUAGUCAAAUUUGUUUUCAGACAGAUGAGCAGUCGUUGCUGGAGAACUGCUGCUCUAGCCCGACCUUUACUGCUGUUUGGCUGCCUUCAUUCCUGAGUCUAGCUUUUUUUUGGCCUCUCUAGAGGUCCCUGGUCUUCCUCUUUGGCACUGCGGAGAACCCUGUGGUCUUCCUCUUUUGGCACUGCAGAGAGCCCUAAUCUCACCAGUGAACCAUGGCUUGUCUUUGCUGUGUGAUAGAAAAGUCUGAUGGGAUGCAGUUCGCCUCACAUACACUGAUGUAGGAUGUGACCCUGUCUGUGUAGUCGUGUAUGUUGGCAUUGUUGUCCGUGAAUAUGUUCCAAUCCGUGGUGUCUAGGCAGUCCUUUAACUCCCCAAUUGCCUCUUCAGUCCAUUUCCGCACUGUAUGUUUGACAUGCUUGGUGUUUUUUUUAGUUUCUGUCUGUAUGCUGGGAUGAGGUGUAGCAUCACCUGGUCAGGGGACAGCGUGGUCUGAGUUCCCCAGGGGACCGUGGGGGACAGCGUGGUCUGAGUUCCCCAGGGGACCGUGGGGGACAGCGUGGUCUGAGUUCCCCAGGGGAUCGUGGGGGACAGCGUGGUCUGAGUUCCCCAGGGGACCGUGGUGGACAGCGUGGUCUGAGAUCCCCAGGUGGGCAGCGUGGUCUGAGUUCCCCAGAGGAGCGUAGGGGACAGCGUGGUCUGAGAUCCCCAGGGGAGCGUAGGGGACAGCGUGGUCUGAGUUCCCCAGGGGAGCGUAGGGGACAGCGUGGUCUGAGUUCCCCAGGGGAGCGUAGGGGACAGCGUGGUCUGAGAUCCCCAGGGGAGCGUAGGGGACAGCGUGGGAUGAGUUCCCCAGGGGAGCGUAGGGGAUAGCGUGGGAUGAGUUCCCCAGGGGAGCGUAGGGGAUAGCGUGGGAUGAGUUCCCCAGGGGAGCGUAGGGGAUAGCGUGGGAUGAGUUCCCCAGGGGAGCGUGGGGGACAGCGUGGUCUGAGAUCCCCAGGGGAGCGUAGGGGACAGCGUGGGAUGAGUUCCCCAGGGGAGCGUAGGGGAUAGCGUGGGAUGAGUUCCCCAGGGGAGCGUAGGGGAUAGCGUGGGAUGAGUUCCCCAGGGGAGCGUAGGGGAUAGCGUGGGAUGAGUUCCCCAGGGGAGCGUAGGGGACAGCGUGGUCUGAGAUCCCCAGGGGAGCGUAGGGGACAGCGUGGGAUGAGUUCCCCAGGGGACCGUGGGGGAUAGCGUGGGAUGAGUUCCCCAGGGUUGUUUUUGUUUUAAACAAUCUUCUCUUUCGCUCUCAGACUCAGGAGGAGGUGUGUGACCUGUUACAUGCCGCACCAUUCCAGAACAUUCUUCCCAGGAUCCAUGUCAAGGGUAAGAUUGUCUGUCUGUUCUGUCUGUUCUGUCUGUCUGUCUGAGUGGAUCAGUGAAUCUGUUGUCUCCUCUUUCUGUAGAGGGUGAGCGUCUUGAUGCCAAGAUGAAACGUCUGGAGGCUAAAUACACAGCCCUGCACCUGGUCCCCCUGAUAGAACGCCUGGGAACCCCACAGGUACCAUCACACUGCCUUAGUAACACCUGGUUCCCCUGAUAGAACGCCUGGGAACCCCUCAGGUACCAUCACACUGCCUUAGUAACACCUGGUUCCCCUGAUAGAACGCCUGGGAACCCCUCAGGUACCAUCACACUGCCUUAGUAACACCAACCCUGCAACUGGUUCCCCUGAUAGAACGCCUGGGAACCCCUCCCCCCUCUCUCUCCCCCCUCCCCCCUCCCUCGUCCCUAUUUCUCCCCCUUUAAUUCCCACUCUUUCUCCCCCCUCUCUCCCACUGUAGCAAAUAGCCAUUACCCGUGAAGGUGACCUGCUGACCAAAGAGCGUCUGUGUUGUGGCCUGUCCAUGUUCGAGGUCAUCCUCACACGUGUCCGUGGUUUCCUGGACGACCCCAUCUGGCGCGGCCCGUUGCCAAGCAACGGCGUGAUGCACGUGGACGAGUGUGUGGAGUUCCACCGGCUGUGGAGCGCCAUGCAGUUUGUUUACUGCAUUCCUGUAGGAGCUCACGAGUUCACCGUGGAGUGAGUAGUGACACAGCAUCUGUCUAGAAGGAUCUAUGAGGGUUUUGCAGUGCUCUGUAUACAGGGUGAAUUGGAUGUCAUCUUAAAGCCAUGUCUACGUUUACAUUUGACAUGUUAGUCAUUUAGCAGACGCUCUUAUCCAGAGUGACUUCGUUAUAAGUGCAUUCAUCUUAAGAUAGCUAGGUGGGACAACCACAUAUCACAGGCAUAGAAAGGACAUUUUUCCUCAGUAACGGAGCGAUCAGUAGAGACAAAGCUAGAGGGGUCAAGGGAAAGUGCUGGUUAAGGUUAUUUUUAUUACAUUUGUUUGAGGAGGAUUAUUUAAGAUACUGUUUGAUGAGGAAGGGUUUCAGAUGUUUUUGGGAAGAUGGGCAGGGACUCUGCUGUCCUAGCGUCAGGGGGAAGCUGGUUCCACCAUUGGGGUGCCAGGACAGAGAAGAGCUUACGAGUGGGAGGGCCAAGAGACCUGAGGUGGCAGAACGGAGUGCUCGGGUUGGGGUGUAGGGUUGGAGCAUAGCCUGAAGGUAGGGACUCAGGUUGGGGUGAAGGGUUGGAGCAUAGCCUGAAGGUAGGGACUCAGGUUGGGGUGAAGGGUUUGAGCAUAGCCUGAAGGUAGGGAGGGGCAGUUUCUCUUGCUGCUCCGUAGGUAAGCACCAUGGUGUUGUAGUGGAUGUGAGCUUCGACUGGAAGCCAGUGGAGUGUGCAGAGGAGCGGGGUGACAUGGGAGAACUUGGGAAGGUUGAACACCAGGCAGGCUGCAGCGUUCUGGAUAAGUUGCAGGGGUUUGAUGGCACAAGCGGGGAGCCCAGCCAACAGAGAGUUGAAAUAGUCCAGACGGGACAGGACAAGUGCCUGGAUUAGGACCUGCACUGCUUCCUGUGUGAGGUAGGGUUAUACUCUACGGAGGUUAUAGAGCAUGACCCUGCAGGAGAGAGUCACUGCUUUGAUGUUUGCAGAGACACCAGGGUGUUGUCCAGGGUCAGGCCAAGGUUAUUUGCACUCUGGGAGGACGACACUGUGGAGUUAUCAACCGUGAUGAAGAGGUCUUUAAGCGGGCAGGCCUUCCCGGGGAGGAAGAGCAGUUCCGUCUUGAUGAGGUUGAGGUGGUGGGCCGACAUCCAAGCUGAGCUAUCUGCCAGGCAUGCAGAGAUGCGUGUCAGAAGGAGAAAAGUAGUUGCGCGUCAUCCACAUAGCAAUGAUAGGAGAGUCCAUGUGAGGAUAUGACGGAGACGAGUGACUUGGUGUAUAGAGAGAAGAGGAGAGGGCCUAGAACCGAGCCCUGGGGGACACCAGUAGUGAGAGUACGUGGUGCAGACACAGAUCCUCUCCACGUCACCUGGUAGGAGCGGCCUGCCAGGAUAGGAUGCAACCCUGAGAGCCUGAGACACCCAGCCCUGAGAGGGUGGAGAGGAGGAUCAGCCCUGAGAGGGUGGAGAGGAGGAUCAGCCCUGAGAGGGUGGAGAGGGGGAUCAGCCCUGAGAGGGUGGAGAGGAGGAUCAGCCCUGAGAGGGUGGAGAGGAGGAUCAGCCCUGAGAGGGUGGAGAGGAGGAUCAGCCCUGAGAGGGUGGAGAGGAGGAUCAGCCCUGAGAGGGUGGAGAGGAGGAUCAGCCCUGAGAGGGUGGAGAGGAGGAUCUGAUGGUUCACGGUGUCGAAGGAGUAGGAGGAUGAGAACAGAGGAGAGAGAGUCAGCUUUGGCAGUGCGGAGAACCUCCGUGACACAGAGAAGAGCAGUCUCGGUUGAGUGACUCGUCUUGAAGCCUGACUGGUUAGGGUCAAGAAGAUCGUUCUGAGAGAGAUAAUGAUAGAGUUGAGCGUGCUGUCUCUGACCAAGUGUUUUGAAAAGAAAGAUGAGUCGAGUGUUGGUUUCUUGAGGAGGGAAGCAACUCUGGCCAUCUUGAAGUCAGAGGGGAUGCAGCCAGUGGUCAGGGAUGUGUUGAUGAGGGAAGUGAGGAAUGGGAGAAGGUCUCCAGAGAAGGUCUGGAGAAGGGAGAAGGAGAUGGGGUCGAGUGGACAGGUUGUCAGGCGGCCAGACCUCACUAGUCGCAGGAUGUCAUCUGGAGAGAGAGGGGAGAAAGAGGUCAAGGCGUAGGGUAGUUCUGUGUGAGUGGGACCAGUGGACUCAAUAGGCUGAGUGAAUGAGGAGCGGUUGACAAAGUGGUUGACAAAGUCGUCCGCAAGGAGGGAAGAGAAGGUGGAAAAGAGUUAGUGAUAAAAAAAGUGGCUUUAGCAGCAGAUACAGAGGAAGAGAAGGUAGAGCGGAGGGAGUGAAGGGAUGGCUUUAGCAGCAGAUACAGAGGAAGAGAAGGUAGAGCGGAGGGAGUGAAGGGAUGGCUUUAGCAGCAGAUACAGAGGAAGAGAAGGUAGAGCGGAGGGAGUGAAAGGAUGGCUUUAGCAGCAGAUACAGAGGAAGAGAAGGUAGAGCGGAGGGAGUGAAAGGAUGGCUUUAGCAGCAGAUACAGAGGAAGAGAAGGUAGAGAGGAGGGAGUGAAAGGAUGGCUUUAGCAGCAGAUACAGAGGAAGAGAAGGUAGAGCGGAGGGAGGGAAAGGAUGGCUUUAGCAGCAGAUACAGAGGAAGAGAAGGUAGAGCGGAGGGGAGGAGAAAGGAUGGCUUUAGCAGCAGAUACAGAGGAAGAGAAGGUAGAGCGGAGGGAGUGAAAGGAUGGCUUUAGCAGCAGAUACAGAGGAAGAGAAGGUAGAGAGGAGGGAGGGAAAGGAUGGCUUUAGCAGCAGAUACAGAGGAAGAGAAGGUAGAGAGGAGGGAGUGAAAUGAUGGCUUUAGCAGCAGAUCCAGAGGAAGGGAAGGUAGAGAGGAGGGAGUGAAAGGAUGGCUUUAGCAGCAGAUACAGAGGAAGAGAAGGUAGAGCGGAGGGAGGGAAAGGAAGAUAGGUCCUCCGGAAGUUUAGUUUUCCGCCAUUUUCUCUCAGCCGCCCGCCGCCCUGUUCUGUAAGCUCGCAAUGAACCACGAAGCAGGAGGGAGGGCCGGCCCGGCCAGGACGAAAGGGGACAGAGCGAGUCCUAGGAUGCGGAAAGGGAGGAGAGUAGGGUUGAAGAGGCUGAAUCAGGAGACAGGAGGGAGAAGGAUAUAGCAGAAGGGAGAGGGAGGGAGAGAGAGGGAGAGAGAGAGAGAGAGGGAGAGAGAGAGAGAGGGAGGGGAGAGAGGAGAGAGAGAGAGAGGGGAGAGAGAGAGAGGGGAGAGAGAGAGGAGAGAGAGAGGGGAGAGAGAGAGAGAGAGAGGGGAGAGAGAGAGCGAGAGAGGGAGAGAGAGAGAGAGACAGACAGACAGACAGAGAGCGAGAGAGAGAGAGAGAUGAUUGCGACGGCGUUUCAGGGACAGUCUCAACUUGGCUGGGUGUAUAACCUGUGUUGUCUCAGUGUUUCAGGGACGGUCUCCAAUGGACUGGGUGUAUAACCUGUGUGUUGUAUUAUCCAGGCAGUGUUUCGGAGACGGUCUCCACUGGGCUGGGUGUAUGAUCAUCUCCCUACUGGGUCAACAGAGACGCUUUGACAUCCUGGACUUCAGCUAUCACCUGCUGAAGGUGCAGAAACACGACGGAAAGGAUGAGAUCAUCAAGAGUGUGGUGAGUGGAGGUUCAGGGGUCAGCACUGGAACCUUCAGACCCCAAACAUCUGGGUCAUUCGUAUUCAUUAGUGCAAAACGUUCAGCAAAUUUGGUUCCUAGUGAAUACGACCAUGGAAAUAUUUUUCACUUUUAUUAAUUUUUUUCUUUCAAGGUGGUGUCAUGUUUGGGUUUGCCAGACUGUAUUUUAGAUCCGAUCAAAACAAUGUCUCUCCCUCCUCAGCCUCUUAAAAGUAUGGCGGAGAGAAUCCACAAGUUCCAGAUUCUCAACGAUGAGAUCUACGCCAUUCUGAACAAGUACCUGAAGUCAGGCGAUGGGGAAAACAUGCCUGUGGAGCAUGUCCGGUGCUUCCAGCCUCCUAUCCACCAAUCCCUGGCCAGCAACUGAGAUUGACAGGUGCACCAUCCAAUAACAUGGAUCAGCAAUACAUUUCCCAUAGCACCAUCCACUUAUGUCAGAUGAAACACAAUAAAGGUUGCAUCUCAAAUGUUACCCUAUUGGGCACUAUUUUAUAUAACUGCGCUACAUAGGGAAUAGGGAGCCUUUUUGGACGCACUUAUAUCAAAUAUUCCUCCAUCUGCUUCUUCCAUCAGUAGGUCUUAAAGCUGCAGUGGCCCAUGAGACUAACGAGGUCCAACUUCCCUUACAUGCUGUUUGUCAGGAUGAUUUUUGUACCCAAUUGUGCCUUAAGGUAGCAAUCGCUAUUUUCAUAGUUUUUUUGCGUCCUAAACUCUGUGUUUGAUACAUAUGGAUCACUAUAGACCAGGGUAUGAAACGGGACUUGAUGAUGAUGAUGAUGAUUUAAGGGGUUUGGGAUAUCAUUGGAGAACAGGAUCCUGUGUUCAAUGAAGGGGAAUUGGAAACGGUAGAGUAAAUUUUCUAUAUGGUGUUAAACAUUUUCAUGCUAAAAACCUAUAAUCUUAAAGGAAAUCUGUAAAGUAACCAAGUUCAUAAUGAUGAUAAGCAUUUAUUCACUUUGCCUUUUUUGUGUUUGAAUUAUUUUAAUAAUUUUAAGUCAAUAAAUAUGUAACAAAUCUCUGCUUGUUCUUGAGGCCAUUUUUAUGUAAAAGAUACAAAACAAGUUCAUGGUAAUUUUCCGACAACUCUUCCUUUCAAGUAUCACAUUCGGAACACGUCUUAGUUUGUGUCCCAAAUUACACCCUAUGCCCUAUUUAGUGCACUACUUUAGACCAGGGACCAAUGUGCCCCGGUCAAAAGUAGUGCACUAUAUA